UCAGGCAGCCAGCGGGAAAAGGGGAACGACGGCACGGGGAGAACAGCUGGUCACUGGGACUGGACGGAACUGCGCGAAAAGAAGAAUGCUGCGUGCCGUGAGCGCGGCGCUGCGAGGAAUCGCAGCGAGAGCGACGAGUACAAAUGCGACAAACUGUAUUACUUCAAAAUGCGAUUCCAUUUUGAAUUCCAUACAACACAGAGGGUUUGGAACACUAUCAAUCGCUGUCCAGAAAUGGGCAGCUGUCGGACCUACGCAACAUAAGACGCUACUAAACCAUGCGGCGACGGAAAAUCGUCUAGCUUUGCCAGCAAAACCUAUUAAUGUGCCAGUGAGAACUGUAAUCAAGUUUACUAUGUCAAGAGGAAAGCGGCAGACUGUAAAGACAGUUCUAACACGUUUCUACCGACUGCACUGGGGUAUCUGGAUCAGAACAAGAUCAGGUCGACACAAUAAGCUGUGGACAAAAACGAGCGCCAGAAAAAAAAGACUGAGGAAACACGUGUUCUGCAAUGCCACGCAGUCGACGCUUCUGGACAAGAUGGUAUCUAAGUACUGGAAGAGACGGCACUAUUAUAUUGACGAUCCGUACGAACCGUAUCACGACCGCGAGGAGUUCAGUAUCACUCGGAGAAAACCGUUACCUUAAUCAUUAUCUAAUUGUGAAUUGCUAGAUUGUAAGCUUUUGAUUGAAGAGAUAUUAAAAAUGAUGCUAUUAAAAUA